AUUUCAUAAACUUUCAAUAAACUUUCAAUCAACAACUAUGAACCUUCUUGUAGUCGGUACCAUCUUCACCGUGCUGGGGCUGGGGCCCCUCGUUGACGCCACCGGGGUGGCGGGGCUCCGGAGGCUCCCGGAGGACGAGACCUCGUGUCUCGCGGUGGUGAUGGCAGCGCUGGCCGAGUACCGGAUAUUCUACGAACAGGGACUUAAAGAUUCCCCAAAUCUGAUCGAUGUUCCGCAGAAAGCAGUACCAACAGAGGAACAUAAGGAGAUUAUGCCAGCCAAUAUAACGAAUGGAAGUUUAGUUACAGAGAAGAAAGAACAACUUUCUCCACAGGAAAGCACUAUUGUGACAUCUGUGGAAAGGAAGAAUGUUACAGAGAAGGAUGAUGGACUUCAGAAAGUAGAACGAACAGAGGAAAUAAAGGAGAUUAUGCCCGGCAAUAUAACGAAUGAAGUGUUAGUAAAACAGAAAGAAGAACAACUUUCUCCACAGGAAAGCACUAUUGUGACAUCUGUGGAAAGGAAGAAUGUUACAGAAAAGGGUGAUGGAAAAGAUGUCGAGAAAGAAACUGUAGUUCAAAAAGAAGUCGAAAAGAAUGUGUGUGAUAGCGACAUCAAAGAGGUUCGUAACGAAAAACAUCUUAAUGAAACAAUUGAAGACUUGAAACACCAAGUUGAUGACGUGAAAAACAAGAUUAAGGAAGAAAAAGGAAAGGCUGAAGAAACAAAUGCUACGCGUAGCCCAUGCGUCGUAAAAGAACCAAGUGCUGUCCCUGUCAUUCAAGAUGGUAAAGUCGUUGAAAAGAUAGUCCCUGCUGUGACGCCGGCGAAGGUUGCUGAAAAGAUCCAUCCCACGAUGACGGAAGGAAAAGUCCCCGUUGUGACAAAAGAGAAGGUUGUUGAGCAGGCUGCCCCUUCGGUGACAGAGGAGAUCGUAAGCAUCUCUAAGGAGCAAGAAAAACUCCCUGUUAUGGCAGAAGAGAAGAAGGUUAUUGAAAAGAUUAUCCCCUCGGUGACAGAAGGAAAAGUCCCGGUAGUCCCUCAACAGGAGGUUGUUGAAAAAGUUGCCCCAUCGCCGACAGAAGAAAAAGUUCCUGUUGUGACACAAGAAAGGGCUAUUGAGCAGAAUGCCCCACAAGAAAGGGUUACUGAACAGGCUGCCCCUACGGCGACAGAAGAGAUUGUCACUGUUUCUAAAGAGAAAGAAGAAGUCCCUGUUGUUGUAACAGAGGAAAAGGUUCCCGAUGUGACAAAUGAGACAGUUAUUGAAAAGAUUACUCCUUCCGUAACAGAAGAAAAAGAUGUCAAUCAACGGAAGGUUGUUUCUUACGAAGAUGCUACAGAAAAUCUGGAAAAUCAAGUUACUGGAGAUGAGGAAACGGACAAAACUGAAUUGAAGUUUAUCGUCACCAUACAAGAGAGAAUAGUCCGUGAACAGACAGUCUCGAUCAUACCAGUGAUGGACAAGGGCGCCAACAAAAGACCGAAUGGAAAAUUGGUGAAAAAAGCAAUGAAAAGAGUAGCGAUGAAGGUGGCCCGUGCUGUACUUGAAGAGCUAUCUAAGGAACACAACACAGAUGGGGAGGGACAGUAGCAGCAGAAGCUGUAACCAGUGUGAGGGAAUAGGCUGCCACUUUCCACCAAACCGACAGUCACCACCACCAAAAUGUCCCCUCAGCACCCAGCUGCUUGCGAUGGGAUCCCAAAACUAAAUUCCCUAAGAAAGUGUUCCGUAUUUACUUGUCUUUUCUUAUUCCGUGUCUAU